GGAUGAUGUUUCAGGGGUCUUAGACCUCAAUUUUUCUAUCGGGUCUUCUCGUGUUCUUCAUGAGUUCACAUGGAUUUACUUUAGUUUUCUUUCCACAGUCUAAACCAUGCAUCCAAGAUGAAGGGGAGACUCUAGGUGGGGUUAAUGGGUGGAUAGAUAUAUUUCUAGGGUCACUGAAACAUGUUCAGGUUUCACAUACAUUCCUCCGACGUGGAAUUGUCCUUAAUUACAGGGUUAAAGUGUACUUUGACACCCUGCAGAUAAACUUUUACUUUGGCUGCCGUUAUAAAACUGAUAAGUAACAAUGUUCAUAGAGGUUUGUAUCGUUGGCUCUGACUUAAGAUCAGCUUCUUUGACCAGCCUCACCCUUAGUCGUUAGAGUAGCCUAUUGGAUAAUUAAUAUUUCAUAACUGUCAAAGGGGAACUCCUCCCCAACCCAAUUAAAGGCUUCAAUCCAAGUAGCAUGGGACAACACACCGGUCCCGCCGCAGAACUGCACCUCUCUUGAACUUGAUCUGCAACAGCAUGAGAACUCUCCAGGAAAAAAUCCUUGUUCUCUUAGUUCUGUCUCUAAUCUGUGCUCUUCAGGUCAAUGCUCUGCCUCUACCUGAAGACUGGAAUGGUUUGAUCCAGCGGACCAAACGCUCUCUCCUGUGGCGUUGGAACAGCAUGAAGCCCGUGGGUGCCAGCUGCAGGGAUCAUGAAGAGUGCGGCACACAAUACUGCAGGAAAAAUAAAUGUUGCUUCUGGAACUGAAGAGGAUGCACAAACAAAACUCCCAGGGUGACAAAUAAACAACUGCCUCAUGGACCAAAGUAACCUGUUUCAAAAUGAACCCUGUAUAAUAUUACUGCUCUUAUAUUCUGGCUUGAACUCAAGACCUGCUGGUUCUUUAUUGCACUUUAUCUGUGCAUUCAGUUAAAGUAAUCUGAUCUAGCAAUGCAGUAAACCAAGCUGUAAGUGAUGCAUUUACAUCUAGAGCAACAUUGAUUUCUAUAACUGAAUUAGUCUAAAACACUUGCUGUAUAACGUGUUUUUAAAAGAAAAUAUAAAUACUCAUGCAAAGUUUGUGCGACACUGAGUUUAUUGGUUCAUGUUAUAUUAUUAUUAUUUAUUUAUUUGUACAUAUUGUGGAUAUUCAACUUUACUUUUACAUUUUUUUCAAGCGGUUGUAUGUAACAAGUUCAGAACCUAUUAAAAUAUA